AAGUGUGUGUAUCUUAAGUAAAGCUGUGUGGGGGGGUUUUGUGUGCGAACUCUUGCAAUGAAGGCUCUGCUGUUCAUCCUCUUCCUUGUCAAAUGUUUUCCGGAUUCACAUGCUGUGGAAAAGAUACAGGAGUUCUUCAUCGCCGCAGUGGAGACAAGCUGGGACUAUCUGAACACUGGUGGUGUGGAUUCAGCUGCAAAUCAGAGAGGAUCCAAUGUUCAGAGAUAUAUCAAGUCCGUGUAUACAGAAUUCACAGACUCCACUUUCACCACCCCGAAAACGAAACCUCCAUGGGCAGGUAUUCAGGGUCCGACGAUCAGAGCAGAAGUGAAAGACCAAGUGGUGGUCCACUUUAAGAACUUUGUUUCCUUUCCUCUCAGCAUUUCCCCGAUCGGCAUCCCCUACUGGAAACAAUCUGAAGGUGCUGGUUAUGAAGACUCCACAUCUGUCCAGGAGCAAGAGGACGAUGCGGUACAGCCUGGUGGAUAUUAUAAAUACGUGUGGGACAUUCAUCCUAACAGUGGGCCAACCGUCACAGACCCAGAGUGCCUCACCUACUCCUACUCAUCGCAGGUGGACGUCGUGCGAGACUUCAAUUCUGGACUCAUCGGUGCUUUCCUGAUCUGCAAAUCAGGUACACUGACGGACGACCGUCAACGGAAGGUGCCUGAGUUCGUGCUGCUGUUUGCUGUAUUUGAUGAAAGUAAGAGUUGGUAUGGAAACAUGGGAAGAGCAGAUGUGGGCAAACCAAGAAAAUCAUACAGUCACCAGCAGUUUCACACCAUCAAUGGAUACGUCAAUUCCACACUGAAAGGUCUGAAUUUAUGCCAGAAAAGUCAAGAGGUUUCCUGGCACCUUAUUGGUCUGGGCUCCAGUCCAGACAUCCAUACCAUUCAGUUCCAGGACCAUACUCUAAAAGUCAUGGAUCAUAGACGGGUUACGGUGGAGAUAACUCCUAUGACCUUCACCACCGCCCUGCUCAAGCCAUACGCUAAAGGGAAGUUUCUGAUUUCUUGUGGGAUCCAUUCACAUCGGCAAGCUGGUAUGAAUGCCUUCUUCACUGUGGAGACCUGCCCUGAAUCCAAUGAACUACCUGAAACACAAAAUGCCCAGGACACUGACAGUGAUAAAGAUGAGGAGAAUGAAGACUACUCAGUGGAUAACCUUUAUUCUAUUGUUUUCCAAUCUGGUGGACCCCAAUCAUUUCUGAGGUCCUUUGGAAGACGACCCAAAGUCUGGAUUCAUUACAUUAGUGCCGAGGAGGUCAUGUGGGACUACAACCCUCAGGAUGAACGACUUUCAAAGUUUGAGCCUUCAGUUCAACAAACGCAGCGCUUGGGUAAAGUCUACAAGAAGGUGGCUUAUGUUGAGUACACAGACAGCACAUUCACGAAGAAGAAGAGCAAAGACAAUGCACUGAUUGGGCCAGAGCUUAGGGGCGAGGUGAAUGACCACUUUCAGAUCAUCUUUAAAAAUAUGGCCAGUCGACCUUAUAACAUCUUUCCAAAUGGACUCACCAGUGUGCAGCCAGUGAAAAACAGCGACAAGCACGUGGACCUGCGGUCCCUGGCUGUCCCACCAGGUGAGAUUAUGAUGUACCUGUGGAAAGUGACGGCAGUGGAUGCUCCCACCAAGGCCGACCCCCGCUGUCUGACCCGGCUGUAUCACAGCACUGUGGAUCCAGAGAGAGACAUAGCAUCCGGCUUGGUCGGGCCCCUUAUCAUCUGCAAAUCAGAGAGUUUGGACAAGCGAGGGAAAGUGUUAUCUUCAGACAGAGAAAAACACCUCAUGUUCUCCAUAUUUGAUGAAAACAAAAGCUGGUAUGCUGAUGAGAACAUCAGGAAGUUUCGUGAAGAUCAUCCUGAGAUUGAUCGCAACGAUCCUCGUUUUUACAACUCUAAUGUCAUGCACAGUAUAAACGGUUUCAUGCAUAACAGUCUGCAAUUUCGCAUGUGUGCUGGUGAAGUUAUGCUCUGGCAUGUGGCCAACGUGGGCAUGCAGAGUGAUUUCCUGUCAGUGUAUUUCACAGGAAACCCAUUUGAAAGGGACAGAGCCUACGGCACAGUCCUGACACUUUUCCCAAUGAUCGGUGAUACUGUAACCACUGAGAUGGAGACUGAAGGUGAGUGGGAGAUCAGUGCCUUCGAUCCCACUCUGAAAGCACAAGGGAUGAGCGUACGGUACUCCGUGUUUAACUGUGAACGAGAGCUCCCCCUGGUGGACAAUGAUGAUUAUGAUGAUUUGGAGGAACACAUAAAUGAGCAGUUUCCAAUCCCACGCAGCUUCAGGAAGAGGAACCGAACUGUGACGAUUCAGAUUUGCCAGAAAGUAUCAAGCAACACAAGCCAAACAGAGCAGCAGAAUGCCAACACGAUUCCCCUGGAGACAAAAGAGGAAACGAACACCCUGGAAUGCAAGAGAAAACUUGUCCCAGUGGACGAUGCCGAGGAUCUGGAUAUUCUCUCCCAGGGAGGAAUUCCGCAGGAUAUUCUGGAUCAACUCAACAUGGAGAUGGGUUUGUCAAAUCGCCAGAAGAGACCUGCAUUUGUGGAAAAUGACACAGAAUCAAAGAGUGAUCAUCCUCCCUCUCAUUCCCAUCAAACUGACACAGAAUCGAUGAGUCCGAAAGGGACAAAAAUAGAUGGCGUGGUUAACAUGGAAGACAAUAAAACAGUGAGAUACCAGGAUGGAGAUAAACCUGAAAAAUUAAAUCUCGAUAAGAGUCCAUCAGUUGACCUGUUUAAGAAAUUUAUUCAGAAAUCAGGGCUGAAUACAACCUCUGAUUUGGGUCCCAAGGCUAAUUUAACAGAAAGGACUCGGAGAGAGAUAUGGGAGAAGAAUGUAAGUGAGGUCACAAAAACAUAUGAUGCGAUGAGUGACAAUGACGUUCUCAAAGACUCAGUUCUAGAAGUGGACAAGCUGGUGGAAAAUCUAGAUCCUCAGAAAUAUGCCUACAAAGAUGUACAGCAUCUGAAUCUGAGCUCUCAGUAUGCCUCAUCAAGGUCCUCACAGAACGAGACCGACCAGAGCCUUCCAUCCUUGGAGUAUGACGAUUACGAAGAUGACAGAAACAAGACCAUUCUGAGCUUCAGCUUGAUUAAUGACAUCGAUAUCAGGUCCGGCGAAUCAAUGUUCCGGAGCUAUUACAUCGCAGCAGAGGAAAUCAUGUGGGAUUAUGGCAUUGACAAACCUUCCCAACUCAUCACUGCCAGGGAAACAAAGAGAGGAAUGAGAAAGUACUUCCCGGCCUACAAGAAAGUUGUAUAUCGAGCUUAUCAGGACCGAAAUUUCAGGAAUCCUGUCAAACGUGGAGAGCUCGAUGAACACCUUGGGAUUAUGGGUCCUGUGCUCAAGGUGGAGGUUAAUGAUGUUCUUACUAUAGUUUUUAAGAACACUGCUUCCAGACCGUAUUCUCUGUACCUACACGGUGUGUACGAUCGAACCAUGUCCAGCUCAGCACCACAGGGGGUGGAGCUACGUGAGGACGAGGGACCUGGUGACCCAGUGCCUCCUGGGGAAGAGAGGGUCUACAGCUGGAGGAUUACUAAAAGACAAGGACCGUCAUCGAAAGACUUUGACUGCAAAGCCGGGGCCUAUUACUCUACGGUUAAUAUGGAGAAGGACAUAAACUCUGGUCUGAUCGGUCCGUUGCUGAUCUGUCGUCCCGGGACACUGAAGCCACGCUUCCUCCUGCAACCAGGAGUGCAGGAUUUAUUCCUCCUGUUCACCGUUUUUGACGAGAAGAAGAGCUGGUAUCUGGAUUACAACAUCGGGAAGUUCUGUACACCACCAUGCCAGGCUAAAGUCGAUGAUCCUUGGUUUGAAACCAACAACAAAUUUGCUGCAAUAAAUGGAUACGUCGCAGAUACUCUACCUGGCCUGGUGGUGGCGCAGCACCAGACAUCUCGCUGGCACCUGUUGAACCUAGGCAGUGGUGGAGAGUUUCACGCUGUCCACUUCCAUGGAAUACCGUUUAGCAUCGGGAAAGACCAGGAACACCGCAUGGGCAUCUUCAACCUUUAUCCAGGUGUGUUUGGAACCAUUGAAAUGAGACCAGGUGUAGUGGGCACCUGGUUGGUGGAGUGCACCAUUGGUGAUCACCAACUGUCUGGCAUGAGAGCCAAAGUUCUUGUUUAUAACCCACAGUGUGUUCAGCCCUUGGGAAUGCAGUCAGGAUGGAUAGCUGAUGAACAACUCACUGCAUCUGAUCAUGAUGGGAACUGGGAGGCGGAAUUAUCCCGAUUGCACUUAUCUGGAUCAGUUAACGCUUGGAUUGGCAAAAAUGAGAGCUCCUGGAUCCAGGUGGAUUUGUUACGGCCCAUGGUGGUUCAUGGGAUCCAGACACAGGGCGCGAAAACUUCAUUUGGUCUGAAAGACAUGUACACGGUGAUCUUCACCAUCAGCUAUAGCCUGGACCAGAAGACGUGGAAGACAUACAAAGGAAACAGCAGCGAAUCUGUAUAUAAAUUUAAUGGAAACCUGGAUGCCUCCAGAGUAAAUGAGAACCUCUUCUCUCCUCCAAUCAUUGGUCGCUACAUUCGCAUUCAUCCAUCCACCUACGUCAACAAUCCCACUCUGAGGUUUGAACUGCUGGGCUGUGAUAUCAACAGUUGCUCACUGCCAUUAGGAAUGCAGAGAAGGCUGAUUCCCGAUAACUGCAUCACCGCUUCAAGCUUCUGGCAAAGCUGGAGAAACUCAUGGACCCCAAAGCUCGCUCGACUCAACGAAGAUGGCAGCGCCAAUGCAUGGAGACCCAAGUCGAACAACCCUUACGAGUGGCUGCAGGUGGACUUUGAAGUGGUGAAAAGAAUCACUGGUAUCGUCACACAAGGAGCCAAAUCCGUGUUCACAAGUCUGAUGGUGACCGAGUUCUCGAUCUCUGUUAGUGAUGACGGCCACAGCUGGGUCAUGGUCACCGACCCGAGAACGAAGCAGGAGAAGAUCUUUGAAGGGAACCAAGAGCACGAUGAGGAGAAGCUGAACGUGUUUGAGUCACCGCUAUUCACCCGAUUCAUCCGCAUCCAUCCAAAAGGCUGGUUUAAUGGCAUUGCACUGAGGGUGGAGUUCCUGGGAUGUGAUACACAACAAAGAGCCUGAGAGACAACGUGUGUUUGUGUGUGGGAGAGAGCGAAAGUGAGUGAGUGAGUGAGUGAGAGGAUGAAAUAUAUAGAUAUAAGAAGAAUAUGAAAGAGAAAUAAAAACAAGGCUGUGUGAGAGAAUGCGAGAGUGUGACACAAAUAGGAUGUGUGGGGGAAAAAAGGGGGAAGGUCAUCGACACUGAAUGUAAAUGUUUUUUUUUAUACUGAUGUAUUUCUAUCGAAAAUUAUUUUGUAUUAUUUUUAUUUUCAUCACUCAAACCUUUCGAUGCUGUAAACAGAUUUCUAAUUGCUCAGGCUUUGUUCAGAGAAAUCCUCGAUCUUCAGACAUACAGUCCUGUGCAAAAGUCUUAGGUACAGUACAUGUCAAGAAAUGUUGUCGAUCAAAAAUGGCUCCAAAAAUAACGAAAUUAAAUGUUUCAACAUUGAAAAAAACUCUAUAAAACAGUCAUCAGUCAGCCGUAAUAAAUGAAACAAAGUCAGUAUUUGGUGUGCGACGACCCUCAGGUGUUGCCAGGCAAAACAAACCUCGGCCGACAGCACUUAUUUUAUACCUAUGUGUUGAUAAUGGUAAUAUUUCUCAAUCAUCAACUGUCAGGUUAUAGUCCUAUGAAAAUCCAUGACCGUGAGUUUGACAUUUCGAAGUAUUUCAAGGUCAAAGGUCACGGUGCCAAAUAAAAGGUCAUAUGGGAGUUCCAAUAUGCUCGUAAUAGUAAACAUUUGUCUAUUGGCAAUCGUUUUUGAGUUCUCAUCUCAUCUCAUUAUCUCUAGCCGCUUUAUCCUGUUCUACAGGGUCGCGGGCAAGCUGGAGCCUAUCCCAGCUGACUACGGGCGAAAGGCGGGGUACACCCUGGACAAGUCACCAGAUCAUCACAGGGCUGACACAUAGACACAGACAACCAUUCACACUCACAUUCACACCUACGGUCAAUUUAGA